CUGGAGGUGUGAUGAAGCAGGGAGCUGUCAGCGGGCCUGUCUGUCAGUGGGCCAGCGCUCCGUGAAACAUCUCACACACUUAGACACACGGGCUGUGGGUGGGAAACCAGUGGCCGGUGCGAGAGUCAGAGCGGCAGGGAGGAGAGGAGAGAGACGUGGAGCGGAAAGAAAGGAAAGAGUUGAGUGAGAGAGAGGAGAGAGUGAGAGACCUUGGCUAAAAAAAAAAAAGGAGAGAGAGAGAUAGAGAGUGAGAUAGGGAGAGAGAGGAGGAGAGCUCCGUCUUUCCCGGCGCACUUGGCAGUCUAGUUGUGGGCUGCUGCGCUGUUGCUGUCGUGGCGUGGCUGGUCGCGCCAGGCGGGGGAACUUCACCACACUGGAGCCCGGAGUCCCACUCUCUCACCUGCGCAGUUCGGAGCUGUCAUGGCUCUCUCGCCAGGAUUGACUGUCCUAAUUAUCCUGCCGGCCUUCUUGCUGCACACCAGCGGCCUUUAUAUCGCCAGUAGCGUUGACUCCCUUCAGCACAUCCUGGGGGACUAUGGACUGGUACGGCCGAUCAGUGUGGAUGCAGAGGGCCACUUUCUGUCACAUGCCGUCUCAGCUGGUCGCGUGGCAGUGGGGCAGUCCCGUAGGCGCCGGAAGAGGGAGGUAGGAGAAGGCAACAAUCAGUGGGAAGGACCUCAAGGAGCCGAGGAGAACCAAGAUCACCAAGCCAGUCAGGAAAGGCUUUACUACAAUGUCACCGUCUUCGGCCGGGAGUUUCACCUGCGCCUGCGCCAAAACACUAGGCUGGUGGCUCCCGGAGCCAAGAUGGAGUGGCACGACGACAGUGACAGCAUCCGGUACUCCGAGCCUCUGCACAAUGAGUGUCUGUACGUGGGGGACAUCACAGACACGCCAGGGGGCACAGUGGCUCUCAGCAACUGUGACGGCCUGGCUGGUCUGAUCAGGACAGAGAAAGAAGAGUUCUUUAUUGAACCGGUGGAAAGGGGCGAUGGAGUAAUAGAAAAGGAGGAGGACGGCGGAGGAGGGAGGACACACAUCAUCUAUCGCUCGUCAGCUGUUAAGAAAGUGCCCAUCAGCAGCCCAGCGGCAGACUACCACUCCAGAGGUUAGUCUGUGGUUCCCCUG